CUGUGCGGUACCGCUAUAUAAACGCCGACCGCAAAAAGAACAUACAUUCUUGGAAAUUUUUUUCGCCAUGCCUUUCCUCGACCUCCAGAGCAACCUGCCUGCGUGCAGCUUUUCCGAGGAUUUUUUAAAGAAGUUUGUGUCGGUGACUGCGGCCGCUUUGGAGAAACCAGAAGACCGUAUGCAUGUGGUGGUGCAUCCUGGUCUCCCCCUGAUGAUAAAGGGAUCCUGCGCACCUGGCAUCAUCCUCUCUGUGUCGGCCAUUGGAGCCACAGACUCUGCAGAGAAGAACGCAAAACACAGCGCCAAGAUCUUCAACUUCCUCACCAGCGAACUCAACCUCUCUGAAGACAGGAUUGGGAUCAUAUUCAACGCUCUACAGCUUCAUCAAGUGGGCAAGAAGGGAACUGUCAUGAGCUUCUUAUAAACAUAACAUUUCAAAUGAGUGAAUAUUUAGACAGUACACAUUGUUCUCGGGAUAGCCACCUUAGUUUGUUAGUGCAACUUAGUUUCAGAUUGGUCAAAGCCAAGGAUAUUUUUUUAAUAUUUGCACAAAAUUCACAAAUGGUUAACUUACCCCAUUUGAUAGAAGGGUGUAGGCCAGUGUAAAAUUCAGUGAAUGAGUGAAUUCUGGAGGUUUUGAGCUCUCACACGAGCCAUGGCCUGUCUAUAUACUGAGAAUGAGAAAAACUUGCAUGUUUCCUUUAUAUGCAGGGUAAGGCACUGACGACCUAGGUUCAGUUAUGACUCUUUUUAAUCCAGUAAUAGAGCUACACAUAAGUGCUUUGUUUUUUGCAGUUGGAAAAAAAAAAUUCAGUGCAACCCACAUGAAGUAUAUCUUUAUUGUAAACACAAUCCAUUUGUUUUGUAAUAACACAGGAAGGAUUCCGGGCACAUUUAUUGCAGUUAUCUUUUAAAGUGCAAAUGACAGGUUUCAUGUUUUUCAAAUUAUUUCUUGGUAGGGCUACAAAAAUACAAGAGUUGAGUUUUGAAACAGAAUACUUCUAGCCUACCUAUCCUGUAAUUAUGAUGUAGUUUCAUGUAAUUAUGGUCUUACUAUUUGACUUCUCUAAUUAGGAUUUUGGAUAAUAUAACAUUAUCGAUUCAUAACUUUAUCUGGUUACUGCACAUGACGGAGUUGCCUGAAUUACUGCACUUUUAUCAUCUUAUUGGAAUAAAGCACAGGGAAAUACAGACGGUUCUUCAAGAAGAUGGCUUUAAAUUAUAACAUGAGCUUGUCAACUUUGUAAAGUCACCUUAGGGAUGGGUUCACAUUUGCACAACUGAACCGCUUUGGACUUUGGCACAGCCAGAAGAGGUGGGCCAAAGCACUGCAGGGUUGCUUGUGCACACUGCUGUUUCAGGAGACGUACCUAUGAAAAACCCAGGGCCAAAUUUCUUAUCGCUUCUAGACUCUUGCGACAAACUGAUGCCAUAUGGAAUAUCACUGGUUGGUAGACAGAUUCUCACUAAAAUGAUAAAACUCACCAAAAUUUAAAAAAAACAGUGGGUUGGUUAAAUCGGUAGUCUAACUUGUCAUAUGCACUUUAAGCACAUUCUCACAUUUCAGUUGAUGAUACAGUGCAAUAAACAUUGCCUGGUAAAUCCAGAAUGAUAUCUCUGUAUUUUUUAUACAGAGGAUAAAGUAUUGAAGAAGUGUGUAUUCUGGUUCCCAGGCAACAAAAAGCAAGUACAUACCUCAAUGUUUAGGUUUUUUGAUGGACACUAUUCUAUUGUUACAUUACUGUGAUUUUCAGUUUGAAUCUCAAAUGUUCAAAAGUAUCUUGAGCUGAGACAAUAAGUAAAUUAUUAAAAUGGGUUUUUAUCAUCUAUUUUUUAAAAUGAAGGUACUGUUAAUGUGUAAUAUAGCUAAAAUUAUUCUCUGUAAAUCUGUGACAAUCCAAUAUCCAAUGAAACAUUCAUUCCACUUUUACACUGUCCUUCAUUCAUUCUGGUUUUCUUUACCUUUGCAGAAAAUUAAUUUUUUUUUGUGAGAAAAAUAAAUAAAUGAAGUUAUAAAAAGA